AUGAAGGAGGAACAUCUUGGAAAUUCACAACAAUCCUUGGUUUCCAAUAAUGAAGAUCAAGUUGUACCAGCUAAAACAUUAGUUCAAUAUAUAGCUGCUUCAGCAGCAGCUCUUGGGAUCUUAGCAUCUGGAAUGACAUUAGGAUGGACCUCUCCUGCUGGUGACAAUGGAAAAAAUUUACAAUCUUUGUAUGGUAUAAAUAUUUCUUCAGAAGAGUUUUCAUGGAUUAGUGCAAUAGCUCCAGUGGGUGCAACAUUAAUGUGUAUUCCUACUGGAAUUCUUGCUGACACAAUAGGAAGAAAAUAUUCAAUGCUCUUAAUGGUAGUGCCUUUUACCAUAGGUUGGUUACUUAUAAUUUGUGCCAAUUCUGUGCUUAUGUUUUGUGUAGGUAGAUUCAUUAAUGGUCUUUGUGGUGGAGCCUUUUGUGUAACAGUACCAAUAUACAUUGCAGAAAUAGCUGAAAGUAAUAUUCGCGGAACCCUUGGAUCUUUUUUCCAAUUGCAUAUUACUGUAGGCAUUUUCAUAACAUAUGUGUUAGGAUCUAUUGUUAAUAUGCGUAUACUAUCUAUUAUAUGUGCUAUUAUGCCACUUAUCUUUUUUGGAACUUUUAUGUUCAUGCCAGAAUCACCUAUCUAUUAUUUAAAAAAAGGUGAUGUAGAUUCUGCUAGGAAAAGUUUAAUUAGACUACGUGGUGUUCAAUACAAUGUAGAAAAUGAAUUACAAAGUCAUAAAGAUGCAUUGGUGGAAAACAAUACAAAUACAACUCCAUUUUGGACCGUACUAAAAUCUAAAGCAACUGUAAAGGGCUUUAUAAUAGCUUAUGGCCUCAUGUUUUUUCAACAAAUGUGUGGUGUUAAUGUUGUUGUAUUUUAUGCCGACAGUAUUUUUGAAAAAGCAGGCAGUGCUUUAAAGUCUGAUUAUUCUGCUAUGAUAGUGGGUGCAAUACAAAUAGUAGCAGUUUGUGUAAGCACAUUAGUUGUAGACCGUGCAGGCAGAAGAAUAUUACUGUUGACAUCUAUAAUAUUUUUGUGCUUAACAACAUGUGCACUUGGAAUAUAUUUCUAUCUUUUACAAAUUAAUGAAGAUGUUAGUACAAUUAGGUGGUUACCCUUAGCUUCUAUAUGUAUUUUUAUUAUUAUGUUUAAUGUGGGUUUUGGUCCACUUCCAUGGAUGAUGACAGGGGAAAUUUUUCCAGCAGAAGUCAAGGGUGUAGCUGCUAGUAGUGCUUGCUUUCUUAACUCGGCAUUGGUUUUUGUUGUAACUAAAUAUUUCAGUAAUGUUUCACAGAUAAUUGGUGUUGGUGAAACAUUUUGGUUGUUUUCUGUAGUAUGUGCUAUUGGAACCGUCUUUGUAUAUUUAUUAGUUCCUGAAACAAAAGGAAAAACUUUAGAAGAAAUUCAAAGAGAAUUAAAUGGCUCAUAA